AUGUAUCCGCGCGUCUCCUUUCGAGCUUGCCGUGCUCAGGCGGGCGCCAUCGUCACAACCACGCCUCAUGCAGCAGCUGAGAUUUACGCUGCACCCAGUGAGGAAGCUGUCGAACGCAUUGUCCACGCCACAGCCUCUCAGCUUCUCCUGUGCUUUUCUUCCUCUUCUUCCUCUUCUUCCUCUUCUUCCUCUUCUUCCUCUCCUCCGUUGGCCUCUUCUGAGCCAGCAGAGUGUUUCCGUGACUCGGCUUGCCGUCUCUCUGCUCGUGCUGUCGGAGUUGCCGGAGCGGCGGGUGAGCCGACUGAAAGAGCGACGGAGGCCAGCGAGAGAGGCGCGCCGCUGGCCGGCGGUGGCCGCUCAAUCUUCUUCGACGCGUCGGCGAGGGAGUUCUUUUCGGACGAGGACCAGCUCUGCAUUCUUCUCGGCUACCACCACGCAGCUUCGUUGCGUCCGAUUCUCGACUCUCUCUCGCCUUUUCUGUUUCGGCUGCUUCUCUUCUCCGGUCCACGCGAGCCUCUUCUCCCUGCUGGCCAUCCGUCCGCAUGCAGCCGCUCGGCCCUGUCGCUCUCGCCGUGGGUUGUGGAGCUGUGCAGGCAGCCGGGGACUCUCCAGAGAGUCCUGCAGGGUCUCUCAAGAGACGCCCACGUGGACCAAGCGAGAAGUUUGUUGGAGGAAGAAACGCGCCUUCUCGACAUGCUCGCCUCUGCUCUGUCGACCGCGGAACUCCACCAGUCACAGGCGCCUCGCCGCGCCCCUGUCUCUGAGGCGCCGGCGCGCCCGAGGCGACAGAGGCAGUGUCCAGGAGACACUUCGGGAGGGUGUGCGGAGGCGGGGAGGACGCGAGAGAGAAGCCGAGCAUCCGAAGGAGACAUUGAGGAGCAAGCGACGGGGAGAGGCCCCUGUGAAAGGCGGACAAGCGAAGCCUCUGGGAGCUACACGCGAGUUGAAAAGGGUGAAGAUGCAUCUCUCUCGGCUCUGGAUCAGGUCGCGUGGCGUCUGCUCGAUCACUGCUGCGAGCGGUUCCUGCUUCUCGAGAGAGGCCAGGGAGGACAAGGGAGAAGCCACCGGCAAAGUUCUUGUCUGCCUCUGCUUUCGACAGCAGGCAUGCGGAUUUUACUGCACUUGGUGAGGGCGGCUGAAGCGCGACCCCUUCGUGUCAGAGUGAGAAACGAAGAGCCCGUCGAAGACGACCUCGUCGAUGAGUUGAACCGGGUCCCGACGCAACGAAGAACAGACAGCGACAGAGGUCACCUGCGCGGCGACUGUGUCUCUGUUUCCUCGUCUCCAGGGAACCCCGUAGCGUCUGUCGAAGGCUGGCAACGUUCCUCCGACGUCCGAGGAGUUGCGAAACGAGGCGAAGAGAAGCCACGAGAACAGAGUUUUCGUGAAGCUCCGGCCGAGAUGUGGACUGUUGCGUCACUCUGUCGACUUCGGCAAACGGCGUCGCGCCUCCAGAGGAUGCUUCUUCGAUCUCCGCUCUCUGAAUUUUCGCACGCAGACGCGCUGGUUGCCCUCCCCGCCGCGGCAGUCUUCCUGGACCAAGUUCAGGACUCCGUCGCGUCUCUUCUUCAGCGGGCACAAAGCGCGGAAGGAGGGACUCUCCAGGGCGAGACCGCGUCCGAACAGCAGGUGGAGCCUGAGGCUGCAGAGUGCCGGCGAGGCCUCACGCAGAGUGGAGACAGUUUGUCGGGAGCCGCGGCGCCUUCGUGGGGUGAGGGCGAGCCGCGAUCCGAGGACCUCGGAGAGCAAACGAAGGAACGGCGGGCGCUUGGACGCGCUCUCAAGGCUCGUGUCUUCCAAGAGGUCGAUCGCCGAGAGGCAGAAGCCACCCUAUUGGCCGACGACGUCGUAGAUUGCUUGAAUGCGAUCGUCAGAGUUCGCUCGGCGCGGCUCUCAACGGUGGCGCUGCUGCUGCGAACGCUCUGCAAUCGAACAGACGACUUUUCCCCGGAGCAAAGGGAAGAUCUUUCCGUGGGUCUGCGGCUUCUGCACGCCUCCCUGCAGCGCCAGUCGCCGUCCCCGCGAGCGCGACCCCGAGGGUCCUCGGCACCCUCGUCGCUCGUGAGGCUCCAGAGCCGAGAGGUCCGCAUCCGCGAGGAAGGUGCUCAGAGGCAGAGUGGCGGUGGGGGCGAGAUGCAAGACAGAGGCAAGCGCGCAGAAACGACGCACAAGGCGAGCAAAUUGGUGCUGUCUGGCCAGCAGGAAGAUUCACAAGAAAUUGUUUUUUUCUCUUGCAGGGAUGCACGCAACAUGCGUGCGCAGGUUUCCGGGGCAGAAUGGGGAAACGGAAGUGGGAUCGAGGUGCGGGCAGGAGACGCAGCGACGGAAAGAGAAGAUGAUUACAAGCAAGUGAUUGCAUUUCUUGAAAGGAUACAGGAACACAAAAUCUUGGAGAGGAAACAUCGUUCCCUCAUUUCCUGGAGUAAUCGCAGGUGGUAGUCGAGCUGGUGGCGCAACCGGUCGCGAGACAUGCAAAAACCCUAGAGUAACCGUUUAUGGGCAAAGCAUUUGCACACGCCUGCUCGCCGAUAUCCUUGCUAAAGGUUCAAGCGCCUGUGAAAAAGAACGCGACUGCCAGUGACGAAAUCGCUCGUUUGCAUUAGAAAAAGACGCGAUUCACCCCAUCUAUCGACGUACACGUUCCCGCCCGCCCCCCCGCCGGUUUAGCGUACCCUCGGCGUUUGUUGUGGCGGAAAGUUGGGUCACUUUUCAAUAGUAGCGUUGGCAUUCCGCGAACGUGUGGUUGUAACUUCUCUACAGCUUCUUGGUCCCGGCAGACGACACUAACAAUCGCAUCUCUGUGUUUUGCAUGUGUCUUUUCAAAUGGUUGCUUCC